AAAACAUGGCGUUGUAACCCCACAAUAUAUAUCCGAUCAGGCUAACUCUCAUAAGAAAGAACAAUCACGUCUUUCUGGUACACUCAAGAGAAAUGAAACGCCCCGACACUUUCCGAAACCGCUAAUAAUAACUGUGGGGGGAAAACCGAGACGAAACAACCUUUGACAACGACGUCUGUGACGAUUUGGUCAGUGUUUGACAUGAGCUAACCCAGUUAAUUAGCUCUGUGUCUUCAUCAGUGAAGGAGGCGCUGUUGCCAUGGCACUGCCCUUGAUCCUCGCCCUCUCCCCUGUGCUGGCUCUGCUCAUCGCCCCCGGUUACUCCCAGCAAAUGGAACAGAGGGGGCGUCCCACGCUUCUGCAGGACCUCACCCUCCCCACCCAAACACACUGCGACACUGAGUGUCGGGCCAAUCCAGCAUGUACGCGGUAUCUUUUUGAGAAAUUGAACAGCAAGUGCUAUCUUUUUCGGUGUCCAGAUGUUCCCGCCUGCCAGCACAUCUCCCUGGAAGACCUGCUCUCGGACCGCAAAAUGAAUGGCCAGUCAACCUCUGGACCUGAAAGCCGAGCUGGGUCCAUGUCUCAUCACAUUGGUGAAGAGAGUACACCAGACCAGACCCAAGAUAAGCCUCCAAACCAGGCCCAAAAUAAGCCUCCAAACCAGGCCCAAAAUAAGCCUCCAGCCCAGGACCAAUAUCAGCCUCCAAACCAGGCCCAAAAUAAGCCUCCAGCCCAGGACCAAAAUAAGCCUCCAUCCCAGGACCAAAAUAAGCCUCCAUCCCAGGUCCACAUUAUCCCUCCAUUCCAGGCCCAAUAUAAGUCUCCAAGCCAGGACAAAAAUAAGCCUCCAAACCAGGACCAAAAUAAGCCUCCUGCCCAGGACCAAAAUAAGCCUUCAGCCCAGGACCAAAUUAAGCCUCCAUCCCAGGUCCACAUUAACCCUCCAUUCCAGGCCCAAUAUGAGCCUCCAAACCAGGCCCAAAAUAAGCCUCCAGCCCAGGACCAAAAUAAGGCUCCAAACCAGGCCCAAAAUAAGCCUCUAGCCCAGGACCAAAAUAAGCCUCCAUCCCAGGACCAAAAUAAGCCUCCAUCCCAGGUCCACAUUAACCCUCCAGUCCAGGCCCAAUAUAAGCCUCCAGCCCAGGACCAAAAUAAGCCUCCAUCCCAGGUCCACAUUAAGCCUCCAUCCCAGGUCCAAUAUAAGCCUCCAAACCAGGCCCAAUAUCAGCCUCCACACCAGGACCAAAAUAAGCUUCCAUUCCAGGUUGAAUAUAAGCCCCAAGCCCAGGACCAAAAUAAGGCUGCAGACCAGAACCAAAAUGAGGCUCCAGCUCAGGACCUAAAGAAGGUUCUGGCACCUCCAGACUCCAGGUUCCCAGCUCACAAUCCAGGCCAGGCCUCAUGGGCCAGUGGCCAUGGUGCUGCCCAGCCCCGCCCCCCUGCAGUGUCUGCCCAGAAUCACAGCUCCACCCACGGGACACAGACUGAAGCCAGUGGUAAGUCACCUGUGAUUUCACAGCCACCGCCUGUCUUUGGCACAACCAGCAAAACCACCAGCCUGUCCCCCAAAAUAUCCACCACGACCACUGGGCCCACCAGUAUGUCUACCACCCACACACCCAUGCAGACCACACACACAAAACAAAUAAAUAAGACUACACCUACAACCAAGUCCCUGCCCACAAAAAUGACAACCAAGGCAUAUGUGACCAAGACCACGCCCACAACUACUGAGGAGACCACAGCUGCGACUACAUCUGCAAUCAAGACCAUGCCUACAACUACAAAGAGGACUGCACCUACAACUACGACUACAACCAAACCCACACCCAAAACUACAAUGAAGACCACACCUACAACUACGAUUACAACCAAGCCCACACCAAAUUCUACAAUGAAGACCACACCUACAACUAUGACUACAACCAAACCCACACCAAAAACUGCAAUGAAGACCACACCUACAACUACGACUACACCUAACACCACACCCAAAACUACAAUGAAGACAACACCUACAACUACGACUACAACCAACACCACACCCAAAACUACAAUGAAGACAACACCUACAACUACAACUACAACCAAGCCCACACCAAAAACUACAAUGAAGACCACACCUACAAUUACGAUUACAACAAAGACCAGGCUCACAUCUAGGACGGCAAUCAAGACCGCCUCCACAACCCGGAUGACAACCAAGACCACACCUAUGACUACAGUGAAGACUACGGCCACAGCUAAAGCUACAAGCGCUCCCACCCCUACAUUAGCCCCUUCCAGUGGCCAGGCUAGCUCAGCGCCAGUGGCCCAACCAGCGGCCGCUUCCACCAGGCGGGCGGGGGAAGGGAAGGCAGCUGAAGCCCCCACAGACAGCACCGUGGGAGGGCUUCUGUCACGAAAUCCAUCAGACACCAACACCCUGCUGGCCGUCCUACUCUUCGGCCUGCUGUUCUUCAUCAUCAGCAUCCUCCUCUUCCUCAGGAAGGCCUGCGAUAGCUACAGGAAGAAAGGCUACACCCAGAUGGACUACCUGAUCAACGGGAUAUACUCCGAUCCCACCCUCUGAUGCCCAUAGGCGGCCAUGUUCCUUUUGCUUUUUGCUUAAAGGGGAUUAGUGUGGUGUCUGUGCUCUUUUUAAGACUGCGGGAGAACCGGGUGAAAUAUGUCCGCUUGCUGGCCAGUUCUCCAGCCCUGGUUCAUAAGAAUGAGCAGGACUGUUCUACCCACUGCCUUUAGAGAAUGGACUGAUCACGCCUGAUCCUAAUCCUAGCAUUAACCCUACCCCUAAACCUAACUGUAAUCCUGACCCUAAUCCUAACCCGAAUCCUAACCUAAAUCUAACCCUAACCCUAUCCCUAGACCUAACCCUGAGCCUAAGGAGAGACGCAGGUUAGAGAAACACUGGAUUCUCAAACUUAGCACGCUAUUUCCAAGAGGACUGAACCAACGCACAUAGAACACCAACACAAGAGGGACCAAAUUCUUUCUACUUAAAGGCUUCAGUUUAUUUCCCAAGAGGCUCUAAUAUGGGACAAAUUGGGAAAUAAAGAUUUCUUACUCACCUAACCCUGAGCCUAACCUAAAUCUGUCCCUAACCCUAAUCCUAACCCUGACAUGUCCUUUUCCUCUGUAUCGCUCUGACCUGCUUUUCCUGUCCAGGAGGUGCAUUUUUCACACGUUGGCUUAGAAGCCUGAGGCUUUAUAAUUCCCUCCAGUCUCCCAGCUGCUGUCUGGAUCUCCUGUGCACAAAAUAAUUCUAAACCUUUUCCUAUUUUCUGGACAAUGUUUUCUUUCAUUUGUUUUCUCUCCACUUGCACACUUUUCCGUGCCUUGGCAGAAGUCUGGGCGACGCUAACAGACUUCCUCAGCUCUGGGGUCUGUGUCCCCGGGUCCUGCAGGAGAAAUAAGACCGUGACCGCACGCUGCUUUGCUUUGUCUGGCGGUCUGUUAUCGGUCGACGAGGCCGACGUGUCCGCGCGGUCGCUGAGCCACGUUCGCAUCGCGCCCCGGGAUUCGCACAGCCAUUCCGCGGAACAUUCCAGCAAACGUCCGCCUGAUUUAUAUCCCAGAGACCAACCCGUAGGAACCCUAACAGGCUGUGCCGUCCACUCUACGCCAAGAUACUUCUGUGCAAUCUUACCAAAAAAAAUGUAAAAUGUCAUAAAUAAAUACAUUUUUUUUUGCACUGAUAAUAAAAUGAGAACCACAGGC